AUGGUUAAAAUGCAGCCUCUUCCUUCUAGUCCUAUCUUCUGUAAAUUAUUUAAGACUGUACUAAAUAUGAAGCAUUACUCUGCUGUCGUUUCACUUUUUCGAGAAAUGCAGAAUUUGGGUAUCCCAAUUAAUGAUUUCAUCUUGAAUAUCGUGAUUAACAGUUAUUGCCUGAUGCAUCGUGCUGAUUGUGCAUUUUCGGUGUUACCCAUUUACUUGAAGAUUGGCAUUCCAUUUAAUGUUGUCACCUUUAACACCCUAUUAAGGGGAAUCUUUGCUGAAGAUAAGGUUAAAGAUGCAGUUGAAUUGUUCAAAAAAUUGGUGAGAGAGAAGAUUUGUGAGCCCGACGAAGUCAUGUAUGCAACUGUAAUGAAUGGUCUUAGCAAAAGGGGCCAUACCCAAAAGACUUUUAGUUUGCUCCGUUUAAUGGAGCAGGGGAAUACUAAACCCAGAAUAAAUAACUACAACAUUGUUAUAGAUGCGCUUUGCAAAGAUGGAAACUUAGAUGCUACUAUCAACCUUCUAAACGAAAUGAAGCAGAAAGGCAUUCCUCCAGACAUAGUCACAUACAAUUCAAUAAUUGAUGGUUUGUGUAAGUUCAGUCAGUGGGAAAAGGUUAAGACUUUGUUCUCUGAGAUGGUGAACUUUAAUAUUUAUCCAAAUGUGCGCACCUUCAACAUGGUGAUUGACGGACUAUGCAAAGAAGGGAAAGUUGAAGAUGCUAAGGAAGUGAUGAAAUACAUGAUCGGAAAAGGUGUAGAGCCUAAUAUAGUCACCUACAAUGCGAUAAUGGAUGGAUAUUGUUUGCGUGGUCAAUUGGAUAGAGCGAGGAGAGUUUUUGAUUUCAUGAUAGAUAAGAACAUUGAACCUAACAUUAUCAGCUAUAGCAUACUAAUAAAUGGAUAUUGUAAGAAAAAGAAACCGGUCAAGGCCAUGCAAUUGUUUUGUGAAAUUUCUCAAAAGGGAUCAAAACCUAAUAUAGUUGUCUACAAUACUAUCUUGCAAGGUCUAUUUGAAGUUGGAAGAAUAGGCGAUGCCAAAAAGUUUUUUGAUGAGAUGCUAUCUACAGGGCCCAUACCCGAUUUAUUCACUUAUGGCACUUUGCUCAAUGGUUAUUUUAAGUACGGACUUGUUGAAGAAGCUAUGUCACUCUUUCAUAAGUUGGAACGAAAGAGAGAAAAUAAUAACACUAUAUUUUACAAUAUUAUCAUUAGUGGUUUGUGCAAAAAUGGUAAAUUCGACGAAGCUCGUGCUAUUUUUGAGAAGCUUUCUUCAAUUGGAUUGCUUCCGGAUGUGAGAUUAUACACUGUAAUGAUAAAUGGAUUUUGUCUUGAAGGGUUGUUAGAUGAAGCUAAAGACAUGCUAAGAAGAAUGGAAGACAACAGUUGUUUUCCAGACAAUGUCACUUACAAUGUUAUUGUGCAAGGAUUUCUGAGGUGGUGCAAAAUUAGUGAAAUGGCAUCUUUCAUGAAGGAAAUGGAUGGAAGGGGCUUCUCAUUUGAUGCAACUACAGCUGAGUUACUGGUAAAGGCUAUAAGUGAGAAUCCUUCUGUCCUUGACAUGAUACCAGAGCUUCACUUGAAAAAUAAGAAGUGAAUAUUUCUUUCACUUGGUUUGUUCGGCUAUGCUAUCACUGUGAUACAAUUUCAUUUUUAUCCCUGCAAAAGAAAUGGCAUCCAAUGCAAUUGCAGAAGCUGAUGGCAAUUAGAACGUUGCUUGAGCUUUCUAGGCAGGCGUAUUGAGGAGGUUGCUGCAGGGCAAUUUGCUAGUACUGGAAUGGUUGUACUGAGUUAAGUUCAGAAAAUCUCUGAAAAGUUUUAAGAGUCUGAGUCACUGUUAUCUUAACGACUGCAUAUGGGACUUGCUUUUCUUAAGCUCUUUUCUUCCAUGCAGGUGUCUGUAGCAUCAGACUCUAUGUGCAACUACAUGUCUAGAGAUGUUACAGCAAGCUUUGGUUACGAUUACAUCCUUCAGCAGGGAACCUAUGGUACUGUUGACCGAGGUACCUAUGACAAUCAAGAGGUUGCAGUGUUGUCUCAGAGGGAAGAUUGAUUCCAACGGAUGUGCUGCUGCUUUCUUGGAAGAGCGAUUGAACAUGGGUCUUAAUUUCCUUCUUUCAGCAGGUAGGUGGCAUAUGGACUUUUUAAUCUUGUCGUAGCUCCUUCACAAAACACAUGUUCCCACUCGCCUUUCCUUCUGAGUUGAGGUCUUCACAGAGGAUACACCUGUUGCGGACUAUCUUGGUAAAUUGUGUUGGAGUCGAUCAUUUCUCUCUUGCCACCAGCCAUUUGAAGCAUUUAACCUUGUAAGGGUCUGUGUUUCUUCAUAUCAAUAUCCUAGGCCAUAUACAGUAUUGCCUACUACUUUGGGAGAACACCUUGUAACCUAAUUUUACUGGGAAAACGCCGAAUUUGUGUUCCUUCUAUUCGAUCUUGUCUGGUUCUGCUUGCAGCCCUUGACAUCCUCAAUCACUCGCAAAAAUUGGCUCAUUUCCUCCAUUUUGCAGUCAUUACACCCCUUUUUCAGAAGUACGUUCUAUCCUUGUGGAGACUAAUACACUUCUCCUGUUGCACGGUGAUUAGUUGCAGAGCUGAAAAUCCUGGUAAAUUGCACUGAUGUUUCACUUGCCAGAUAACCGCAUCAGAGCCCAUUCUUGUUGUUGAUCAGAUUGGUAUUAUAGGAGUGGUGUCUGUUGUAGAUGGUGUUCGUGUUGUUGUGAGUGAGCAUAGGGAUGAGUGAACCUUUUAAAUACCAAACAUGCAAGGAGAUUAUUAGAUGAUGAUCACAAGAAAUAAAUGGAUCAUAUGCCCUUAAUCUUGUAAAUAUCAACAUGCUUGGGUCUACUGCACUAAUUUUCCUGUUUAGUGUUAGCCAUUGUUUAAGAUGACAGUUUCUUUUGAACAAACUAAAAGGUGUUUCAUCUUUGUUUUUAGGGAUUAAUUUUUU